AUGAGGCGCAGAGAUGCCAGAAAGCUGUAUAAUUCGAUCAUCUGCAAGAAUCGUCUCUAUCCACGCUAUUCCCUCAAUACUUCGGAUAACGAGGACACUCCGAUCCAUCGAUCGAUCUAUGCCCAGCCCUACAACUCACUCCAGGUGGCCACAUCAGUUUCCCAGCAGCAACAUUCAGCUUCCGGUGGAUCACAUCAGUCACAGCAACAGUCCAGCACCACACUUGGCUACAACAGCUAUCGAACGGCAGGAACGGUGAAGAACUCGAGUGAAACAGCACGUAUUCCGAUCUCGGGAAAUCCUACCGCAGGACCAUAUCCGGUGCAACCGACGACAACCCCUUCAUCCGAUAAUGGUUCCAGUGCGACGCUGACGGACGCCGAAGCUGCUCUGGCCAGGGAAAACACGCUGCUGGUUAAUAACGGUCUGUACUCGAAAAAAAAAUUAACACCGCCUUUUGAUUGCGAGCAUAGACCUUAUAUUAAAAAUUGGGACCAGUUGACCGAAUAUAAAGACAACAUAAAAGAUCCACAAUCUGAUCAAGAACAGAUGGAUUUGGUUAACUGA